GAUUGAAAAUAUGAAAAAUUUUGGUUGGAUGCUUUUGAAUGUUGCUAUAUUGGUCUCGUUUUUAUAUUUAGAUUUGGCUGUAGCAGAACGCAAGCCUACAAGUCAGAAUCGUAGGUUUGUUUUACAUUUUGAACAACGCAAUUGUUCAAAGAAUGGAACAAAGGAAUACAUUGCCAGCGAAAAUAUUUGUGUUUGCAAAACUGGAUGGGAAACGGCUAUUGACCAAAACCCAUCGACUCGAGUAUACUGCAACAUUUAUGUUGGUUCUUCCACAAAUAACUCAAGUGGUACUUCAACAUCAUCUUCUACCACAACCACGGAAUAUUCUAUCAUAAUCAUCAUAGUAAUUGUUAUUAUUAUUGGUGUUUGCGUAUGUUGCUGUUGUCGCAGACCGUUAAUGCAGUGUAUGCAAGAUUGUUGUUGCGGAUGUGCUGACUCUAUCUCUUGGUCAAGCAAUGGUGCUCAUAGAGAAACUUGUAAAACUUGUAAUUCAUACCAUGAGCAUGCCAGAGCUCCAUGCUCUUCUCAUUUCCACAAUCCAUUCGUUUCGGCGCAUGAUUGCAUGCACUGGCAAACUUCUGCACAACCUGUUUAUAUUCAACAGCCGCCUUCAGUUUGGAUGCCACCGUCGGUAGUAUCGCCAUCUUUGCAACAUACCAAUGGCGUUCUAGUAUCCAAUGGUCAUCAAGACAUGUUUCAAGGCAACAUUAGGACUCCUCCUUAUAAUGAAAUUUCAGCGACGAAGGGAAAAUGGAACCAGCGUAAGCACAAAACGAUUGAUGCAUCUGUUCCUUUCACUAUCCUACCCAUACAACACAUAUCCAAGCGCAAAAUUAUGCCAGUAUCUUAUAGCGAUGUAACUUCUGUAGAAAGCGAAACCCAAAUAUCGAAUCCAAGUCAAGUUUCGGUUUGCAACGAUACAAACUUUCAAGAUUCAUCUCUCAACAAGCGUGUAAAGAAAGGUCGACAUUCUCAUAAACAUAGGCACCGAGAUAGGAAAACCUAAUGAAUUGCUGUCUUUCAUAGAAAUGGAUUGUUUAGUUGUUACUAGGCUUUCAUACAAGGUUUCAGUUUGUGCAUACAGAAAGAAACCCAAACCGUUCGCA